CACAACACCCUGCUCAGCGCUGCCUGGUGCAGACGAGGUCGUUGUUAUUAUCAUCGCUGUUGUCGACGCUCGAAAAGAACUCAUCGCUGGUGUUGUUAAAAUCCACGAUUAGUCGCAAUAAGACUUGGCCAGGUAUAAAGAAAAUAAAAGUAACAUGGAGGUCAUUGAGUCAAUUGUUACAGAGGCCAUUGAGGUGGAGGACUCAACCACUACGGUUACGACUUUGGAGACGGAAAAGUCAAAAGCAGAGUUUGUCUGGACACUCCAAGCCACAUGGCACCUCGUCCACGUUCGCUUGGACAUGGACGCAGAGUUUGACCAGCCCGUGUGCAAAAAGAAGAAGCUGUGGGAGACUGUGGCUGAGAGGGUGACCGCCAAACUAAGAGCCGACGAAGGCACUGAUGUUUCAGUCAAAGCCUUUGAAUGCGACCUGAAGUGGAGAAACAUGCUAGCGACGUACCGCAAGAAUGCAGAGCGAGCAAAAAGACUAGGAACCAACAGCGUCCACUGGGAGUUCUUCAAGGAGAUGCAUGAAGUUCUGGGAAGGAGCUACGAGGAGGUUGAGGCUCAGCGCAAAGCAAAAAUCAGUGCCACUAAAUUGGGAAAAGCAAUAGCCAGUAAACGAUUUACCCCAAUACUGCCCACACCUACAGCCUCAGCUCCGCAGUUGCCCAACGCCAGGCCUCCACAGGAUCUGCUUCAGCUUUACCUGGAGCUGCAGGAGCGCAAACUGAACAUGUGGGCUCAGCAGAAAGCUCUGGAAGAGAGGAAGAUCGAAGCCAUCAAUAAUCUGGCGCGUGCAAUUACUUGUCUUUCCCAGAACAAUAACUUGCAAAAGUUUGAGUCGGAAGCUUCCCAAUUAUAAUACCUGCCACCAUCUUUUCAGAUUAGAAAAAUGAAAAGGAUCUUUAUAUUUAGAGAACUGAAUGAAUUGUUUCCUCUAUUAUUCACUUGCAAAAAUUGCUGUGGAGUUUAAAUUGUAGCAUUCAUGUAAAAUGAGUAAAGGACAAGUGGAAUAUUGUAUUUUUGUUUUUU